GUUUUACUUAAUCAUUUCCUACACAAGAAUGGGUUGAUUUUGUUCAUGGAAUGAAGCCACAUAAGGUGUGAGUAUUGUUGAUGGAUUUGAGUUUUAAUGUGCCCCCAAUUCAAAUGCUACCCAACACUGAAAUACCAGAUUGAUGCACUACAGGAGAUCCAAGACACUUCAACUUCUUUGCAUUUGGUGAUAGACUCCCUGUAGUAGCAUUAUGCCAUACUGCCAUUGAACAUUGAGUUUAUCAAUCGACUUAUGGAUUCAUUGGAAGAUGGCUCAGUUGCAUGUACCCUGUGGAGAUGGCCGCACUACUUUUAACUUCAUAGUUUUUCCUUCAAAAGUUGGUAGUACAUCAACUCAUUUUUUUAAAAUAAUAAAGAUAUGAAAUUCAAAAUUUCCAUCAUUUAAAGAUUUCUUUUUGUGUCUGUGCGUGCAGUAAGUGCAUUCAACAUAAAGCUUGAUUUAGUGUGACUUUGAGCCAGGUUGUUACUAGGUCCCCCUUUUCUUUUCCAUGACUAAAAUAUUCACUUCCCUUUUACAAUGUUUCAGUUUAUAAAUGGUUUUCUGUAGGUUCCUAUUUUUCCCAUUUGAAGCCACUGAGAACUAUAUAACAAGUAGCUUAUGUCCGCCUACAAUUUAAUUUAGUGAGAUCUCUGAGGAUAAAAUGCUUCUCGGUGAGCUGGAGAAUAGUAGAUCAACUCAUUUUUUUUUUAAAUAAUAAAGAUAUGAAAUUCGAAGUUUCCAUCAUUUAAAGAUUUAUUUUUGUGUCUGUGCAAUAAGUGCAUACAACAUAAAGCUAGGUUUAGUAUGGCUUUGAGCCAGGUUGUUACUAGGUCCCCCUUUUCUUUUCCAUGACUAAAAUAUUCACUUCCCUUUUACAAUGUUUCAGUUUAUAAAUGGUUUUCUGCAGGUUCCUAUUUUUCCCAUUUGAAGCCACUGAGAACUAUAUAAUAAGUAGCUUAUGUCCAGCUACAAUUCAAUGUAGUGAGAUCCCUGAGGAUACAAUGCUUCUCUAGCUUGCAUAUAAGUAUGGCUUCUCUCUUUCUAUAGUUCUCUUUGCCUCAUUUCUGUGGAUUGAAGUAAUUAUCUUUAAGGUACUUAUCAAGCUAUAAAUUUAAGUGCAUAAAUGACAUAAUGAUACUCUGUCAUUUAUUUAGAGUUUGAAAUAAGAAUGCCAAGUUAUCAUUCUUAGAUGUCCAUUAACUUCAGAAAUAAUGCUCUCAAAGGAAAAGUUUUAUGCCAAAGGUGAAGUUCUAAAGACCUAUUACUUCACAUUCCUUAAUACAUUGUUCUUUAUUUUUUCCUUGAUGAGUGUUGGAGUGCCAGCCUUUCUUGAUUUGUGAAAGCUAGCUUUUUCAUUGUUUAAUUAGACUCUGAAUGUUAUGUUAUGAUAUAGUUUUCUAAGUCAAAAUACCUUACACCAUUCUGUUCUUGCUACUGCUGCAAAGUUUAUAGCAUGGAGUUUGAACCCUACUGGUGGAUCCUACUUGGAACUUUUAGUUGAUUAUCUGACUAAAUUUUCAAAAUCAUGGACUAUUAAGAAGUUUGGCUCUGAUGAAGGCAAUGAGACAACUCUUUGUGGCAACAAGGAAGUUAGGCGAUCCCUGUCUUUUAAGAAGGAAAUGGUGAAUACCCUGGAUUCCAAUUGCCAUGCACUUGCUUUCUGGCUUAAAGAAUUUCAGGACAUGUACAUUUGGCACUCAAGCAAUGUAAAUGAAAGCUCUACUCCAGAUGAAGAACGAACACCAGGUGUUAGGAUACAGAAGAACAUGUUAUUUAGGAGGAUACCAAUAGGCAUCUUGUUCGGAUGCUUGAAUCAUAUAAGUGAUGCUGAAUGUGAACUGCUUUUGCAUUAUGGUGCAACCGGUACACUUGUGCAAUUCACCGGAGGACACCCUGGAAAGAAGAAUAGGAAAUCUAACCAUGAAAGGCAAAAAGGCUUGAUAGCAUGGGCUGAGACAUACACAGGAAAAGAGGCUACAGCAGGAGCGCGUAUUGUCUUUGACAUAACUGAUGUAACUGAAAGUAUAUCAGCUUCUAUGUUUGAAACUGAGGAAUGUGGACUCAAUUUUGUAUGUGACGUGAAACUAAAGGUUGGGAGAUAUCUAUUCAAGUGUGUAAAAAGGCUACUCCAACUGACACCGGAGAAGAACAACAUACAGCUGAACGUGAAGGAUCUCUAUAACAGAAUGCUCCGGUGGAGACAUCAAGGGCGAGAUGUUUUUCAAAAUUAUAGGGAAUUAGAUGAAAUAAUAGAUGCCUGUGCUUCAGCAGCCUUUUGAAGAUCCCGUAUAACAUCAACCGAAUAUGCAAAAUUGAAAAGGCACGGGCCUUAAGUAAUCGUUUUGGUGGCAUGGUGCUGCGUUGUAGAAGUAUUAUCCUCAAGUAAGCAAUCAUUUUGUUUCAAAGUUAUGUCGAUAGUCCUACAUUGUAUAUAGGUCUUCCGUGCUGAUGUCCAUUUUUUACCGACAUAGUGCAAGUCUACCCAUGCAUUUCUUAUAUAUCUUACUAUUGACAGUUCUUCCUCUGAAUGUCAUCAUAUGUCAUCUCUUUGUGUUAUCCACAACUGAUGUUUUGAGCUGUGCUAUAUUUCCUUUGGGAUUCAAGCACAAAGAGGUGGGCAUCUGGGAUGGGAUUAUAGAGAAAACUGAAAUGAAGCUCUCAAAAUGGAAGUCUCAAUACCUAUCCUUAGGGGGUAGAUUGAUCCUGAUAAAUGCAGUGUUAGACUCCUUGCCUACUUAUGUGAUGUCUAUGUUUCCUAUUCCAUCUGGGGUGGUGGAUAAACUUGACAAGCUCAGAAGAUAUUUUCUCUGGAAUGGGAAUAAGGAAGGCAAGGGUAUGCAUUUGGUGAAUUGGGAUGAUGUACAACAUGAUAAGAAAGUAGGGGGUCUUGGUGUUAGGAAUUUGAAACUGCACAAUAACUGCUAUUGGUGAAGUGGUUAUGGAGAAAUGUGAAUGAACAUCAAGCUUUGUGUAAGGAGGUGAUUAAGAAUAAAUAUGGCCAGACAAGUCAAUGGUGCACUGAUGAAGUGGUCAGUACUUAUAGUGUAUCAGUUUGGAGGACUAUAAGGAAUUUGUGGCGCAUCUUAGCAAACAUGUAGUUUAUAAGGUGGGUGAUGGCAGUAAGAUACAAUUUUGGAAUGAAGAUGGAAUGGGCAAGUACCUCUGAUGAAUACUUUCCCUGAUCUUGUAGCAGCCCUGAAGCUACUGUGGCAGAAUCUUGGACCCCUCAAGGGUGGAAUAUUUGCUUCAGAAGAAGUUUAAAUGAUUGGGAAAUAGACAGGGUGGUUGAACUUCAGAUGCAAUCAAAUGGAAAUACCGUAAUGAUGGGAAGUUUUCAGUUAACAGAGUACGCAAGCUGGAAGUGUUGGUGCAACCAGGAGGAAGUACAGGUCCAUGGUCAAAGGUAUGGAAAAAUGUGGUUCCAUAUAAAAUAAAGUGCUUCACUUGGCUUGUGACCAGAAAAGCUUGUCUCACACGUGAAGCUUUACAGAAGAGGGGAAUUCAGUUGGUCUCAAUAUGCUUUCUUUGCAAUGAGACUGCAGAAACAAACAGACACUUGUUUCUGCACUGUAGACUGAACUCAUCUGUGGUCAUUAUUCUAGUCUCACAGGAAACAGUUGGACCAUGCCAGAACACACAGCUGACGUACUUAGCUGCUGGAUCAGAAGAGGGGAAACAAGUCUCAGAAGAAAUGGCGGAGAGCAGUUCCAUGAUGUAUCUGGUGGACAAUUUGGAAGGGAAGGAAUAGGAGGUGCUUUGAGGAGAAAUUAAAUACUCUGCAUAAAAUUAAGUAGACUUGUCUUGUAAAUUUUCAUUUCUGGUGUCAAGAAGCAAAUAUAGAGGGUGCAGAUCAAUUGGUAGACUUUUUAGGAGCCUUGGAAAUAGCUCUUGACUCAUAGCUUUCUGUUGAUAACUUCUUGGAGGUCUCCAGCAUAUCCUUGAUGCUGAGGAAUACAACUUACCCGUUUCGAAAAA